AUGGAUACUGAACGACGACGAGGCAUCAGAACUCGCAGAGAUGGUGUAGGUGGUUGGAGACGAAGACGAGUGAAUGUAGAGAACGGCGGCUCUGCGUACCUCAUAUACCUCGCAGAUGGGGCUGUCUUGCAAGUAUUCCUGAUUGGCCUGGCAGGCGGAGACAUUUGCUGGGACGGGCUGUCGAUGAAGUAUGGCAAUGGGGGUACAAGCGCCACGGCGGCGUCCCUCGCGGAACGCGCCAGGGUCUACGGUGUGGAUGCGCUGCCUCCCCCCACGGCCAAGAACAUCCUGAUGUGGGAUGCCUACAACGAGAACGUCCUCCCCGCGGUGGAGUGGGUCAAGGGCGUCGCAAUCAUGGUCGCGAUCGUCGUCGUCAUCGUCGUCGUCCUGGUCGACUCGCUCACGGACUGGCAGUUAAAGGAGCGCCAGUUCCGCGUGCUCAACGCGAAGGGGGACGAGCGCGCCCACUUCAUGGACGUGCACGACGUCGUCGUCGGCAACGUGGCCCUGAUCGAGCCCGGGGAUAUCAUACCGUGCGAUGAUGGCGUGCUCCUCUCGGGCCACGGCGUGCGCUGCGACGAGUCGGGCGCGACGGAGGAGAGUGAGGUCAUCAAGAAGAUGAAGUACCGGGAUUGUUUGGAGCUGUGGAAGACGCUCGACGACGACGAGGUGGGCGCCGUCUCGCAUACCGACUGCUUCCUCAUCAGUGGUAGCAAGAUUCUCGAGAGUGUGGGUUCGUACGUUAUUGUCGCCGUCGGGCCCCGUUCGUUCCACGGGCGCAUCAUGACCUGUAUAGGACACGGCCUUUUAGCGCAAGACAAGAUCGCGGUCGCGGGCUCACUCGGCGGGUUGAUACUCUUCGUUGGGCUGCUCAUUCGAUACUUUGUCAAGAUCGGCACUGACACUCCCCACAUGAGCCCCAGCCAGAAAGGGCUGGCUUUCGUGGACAUUCUCAUCUUGUCCUUCACCCUCGUCGUCGCCUCUGUUCCUGAAGCCAUCGCGCUCGCGCUGGCGUUCGCUUCCAAGCGGAUGACGCGCGAGAACCUACUCGUCCGCGUCCUGAACUCCUGCAAGACCAUGGCGAACGCCAGCGUCAUCCGCACGGACAAGACCGGCACGCUCACACAGAACACCAUGUCGGUCGUGGCGGGCGCCGUUGGCGGCGAGCUGGUCUUCGUCCGCGAUCUAACCCAGAAUCCCGAGCGCGCUAGCCCCGACGCCACCGGCCCUCUCGCCAUCAUCGACCUCCACUCUCUCAACAGCGCGCCCCCUCCUCCGCUUGACAUCCUCCUCAACCACGGCAUCGCGAUCAACUCCACCGCGUUCGAAGACGUGGACGCAAACACCGGCGUCUUCAUGUUCGUGGAGACCGCACUGCUGGCGAUGGCGCGCGACUUGGGAUUGGCCAACUACAAGGCCGUUCGGGAGGCAGCGGAGACGCUGCAGGCGAUGAGUGUCGUGGUGCGUCUUCCGGGGGGUCGCGCGCGGUUGUACGUCAAAGGCGCGAGCGAAGUGGUCGUGGCGGUGUGCGCACGCCAGGUCGUUGCCACCGAAGGCGAGGAUGUGAUGAUAAAGGUCACCGACGAAGACGAUCAGGCGCGAAUCUUGGAGAGCAUGACGUCGCAUGCGUCUCAGACGCUUCGCACCAUUGCUGUAUGCCACCGAGACUUCGACACCUGGCCACCCAAGUCUGACGGCGAAGUCUCGCGGACGGAGCUCGCACGCGAUGUCACUCUCGCUGGCGUCUUCGCCCUCCGAAGACCCCCUUCGUCCUGGCGUCCCGACAGCGUCCUAACCGCACGCUCCAUCGCCACCCAGUGCGGCACCUUCACUCCCGGUGGUAUCGUCAUGGAGGGCCCGCCGUUUCACGCGCUGUCAGACACCGAGCGCCGCGCGACCGUGCAGCGUCUCCAGGUGCUCGCGCACUCGUCACCCGAGGACAAGCGCGUCCUUGUCAACACCCUCAAGGAGCUCGGCGAGAUCGUGGAGGUUACUGGCGACGGCACCAAUGACGGCCCCGCGCUCAAGGUCGCGCACAUCGGUUUCUUUAUGGGCGUCACCUGCACUGAAGUCGCGAAGGAGGCGUUCGACAUCGCCAUCGUCUGGGGCCGCGCGGUCAACGACGCGGUGCGCAAGUUCCUGCAGUUCCAAGUCACGCCCGCCGUUGUCGUCACGCUUGUCUCGGCGCUCGCGGGGACGAGCUUCGAGGAGAGCGUGCUGAGUGCGGUACAACUGCUGUGGGUCGCGAUCGUGAUCGAGACCUUCGCGGCGCUCGCGCUCUCGACGGACUGCAAGCCGGAGCUGCGGGACGCGCCGCUGUUCACGAUAAACAUGAUCAAGCAGAUCCUCGGGCAGAGCGCGUAUCAGGUCGGAGCGAUCCUCGCGCUCUACUUCCGCGUGGACGCGCUGCUCGGGUUCCCGCUGCACGACCUCCACAACUACACGGUCGUGUUCAACGCGUUCGUCUUCGCGCAGAUUUUCAAUUCUACAAUGUACAUAUUCGAGGGCGUGCUCAGGAACCUGUGGUUCAUGGGCAUCACUUUCGUCGAAAUCGUCGUCUUCGCCGGCGUCUCCCUCCCGCUCGGCGUCGUCUCGAUCCCGCUCGGCGCGCUCAUCCGCAUGGUCCACAACGACCCUUGUGAACGCGCGUUUAAGGCGCUCGGGCUAUACCACGAGCCGACGCUAUUGCCGACGAACCAGGCCAGUCUCGACUUCGCGCACGACGAGCUAACGAGCCUGCUUGGGGCGUUCCGGGCGCUGCGCGGGGGCCGCUUGCAUCGCCGUGGGUCGUCGAAGGGUGUGGUGUGA